AUGACUCGCUCCAUCCAGGACUUCGCCAAAUUGGCAUUUGAUUGUAUCGUCGUGGGCGGUGGCACCGCUAGUUUGGCUGUAGCGGCACGUCUAAGCGAAGAUCCCAAGAUCAACGUGGGGGUUAUUGAGGUGGGACCAUCCGCUCUGAACAAUCGAACUCACUACCAGAAGGCAAUCGGUACCUCCACUAUGGGUGCCAAAGAAGGAAUCAAAGAUGGAGUUGUUGUUGAGCGACUCCGCGUUUACGGCAUCCAUGGCCUCCGAGUCAUCGACGCAAGCAUCAUGGCUUUAUAG